UCCCAAUCCUCUGCGCUCUCCCGUCCACCACCAUGGCGUCGGACUCCGAGUCCAGCGACGUCACGCCGGACGACCAGCACGAGCACCUGCGCCCCGAGGGCACGGAGCCGCUGGCGCGCAUCGCGGUGGACUACACCCCGGACGCCUGCCGCCAUGCGCCGGAGUCCGGCGAGAUCCACGUCACGUACGACCACCGCGGCGGGGCACGCUGGCGGUCCCGCAGCCGCUUCCUCCCGGGCGGCGCCGUGGCCGCCGCGGUCCGCGCCCCCGCCGGCGAUACCGCGGGGCUCAACUACAACCUCUACCUCUCCUCCCUGGAGGGCUCCGGCGACAUGGACGAGAUCGACUUCGAGUUCCUCGGCAACGAGAAGCGCGCCGUACAGACCAACUUCUUCGUCGCCGGCCGCGGGGGCAGGGAGGCGGUCCACGAGCUCCCCUUCGACUCCUCCGACGGGUUCCACCACUACGCGGUCGCCUGGGGCGCCGAGGCCAUCGAGUGGCGCGUCGACGGGGAGGUGAUCCGGAGGGAGGAGCGGCGCGACGGGGAGCCCUGGCCGGAGAAGCCCAUGUUCCUGUACGCCUCCUUCUGGGACGCGAGCGGCGUCGAUGAGGGGAGGUGGACCGGCACGUACCACGGCCGCGACGCGCCCUACGUCUGCAGCUACAGAGAUGUCAGGGUGCCCGUUGCGCUCUCAGCGAAGGAGGAGGAAGAGGAAGAAGAAUGACAGGAUGAAUGGCUGAUGCGAACGCUGGAGAUGAGGCUGAUGCUGCCGCCGAUGAGGAGGUAGUGGAUGCCGGAGCUGGUGAACAUUAGAUCGCGGCGUUGUUCCGUCUCUGAUCGUCCCACGAGCCAUGUGGAAUUACCUAUCUUGGUCACGAGUGUGUUUGCUUCAAGUGUUGUAAUAAAAAGAUGUACGUAUGAAUGAUUUGCCGUGAAGGAGAAACAAUAACAAUA